AUGCGGGAAAUUCCUUCCCCUAGAGGCGAUGAUCUGAAGACUUUAAUCAAGUUCGGCAUGGGAGUGGGAAAUUUGGUAGAGCACAUGAUAAUGGCAAACCAGAGGCAACACGUCAGCAACCCAAUGCUGUUGCAGGAAAUGGUGGAUAGACUCCCCCCGAAUUUGAAGCUACAGUGGACGUCAUUCAAACGUAGUUACCAAACAGUUGACUUAGAAGCGUUCAACAAUUUUAUGACAGAACUGGUAACAAUGGCAAGCGAAGUUGUGCUAGUCGUGGAUCCAGUGCAGCAGAGUUCAACAAAAUCAGACAAAAAUAGAAGAGAGAAUGCAAAGGAGAGGCUGUUCGUACACCAACAAGCACAUCUGACAUCGGAUUCGGGAGCAAACAGAUCGCAACAAAUGUAUGCAAGCAAACCUUGCUCACACUGUAAUCAGAAAGAUCACCGAAUUGCCGAAUGCCAAAAAUUUAAAAAUUUGAACUUGGACGACAAGUGGAAAGCGGUCAAACAAAAGGGACUGUGCCGAAUGUGCUUGAUCCCACAUCGUACGUGGCCAUGUCGGUCCAAGCAAGAAUGUGGAAUUGAAGGUUGCCGUUUGCGUCAUAAUUCUCUACUGCAUUCGGGAAACAAUGUAUCAAGUAUGCCAUCAGUGCCAACAUCCACCCACCAAAACAUUGCUCAUCAACAUCAUCACUCUAUGACGUCUUCAGCCAUACUUCGAUACAUCCCUGUGACACUCUACGGAAAUGGGAAGAGCUUAAAUAUUUACGCGUUCUUAGAUGAUGGAUCAUCAACGACCAUGUUGGAAGCUGAAGUGGCGAGCCUACUGGGGGUAGAAGGACCCAAGGAGCCGCUGUGUCUGUGUUGGACAGGAGAUGUGGUCAGGAUGGAAAAAGAGUCACAGCGCGUUGAAUUCGCAAUCGCAGGAAAGAACGAUGGGAAACACUUUCCAUUAAAAGCGAGAACGGUGGGACAAUUAAAAUUACCCAGCCAAACGGUAGAUUGCGAGGAACUAUACGAGCAUCAUCCGUAUUUAAAGAAAAUACCGCUUAGCAGUUACACUCAAGUUACUCCCAAGCUUAUCAUCGGAGUAGAUAACGCUCAGCUAAUUAGUGCCCUUAAAAGUAGGGAAAGCGGUCAAGGAAGGUUGAUUGCCGUGAAAACACGACUGGGGUGGUGUUUAUACGGACGACACGCAGCCCAUGGAAAGUUUGUAGAGAACGUGAAUGUACAUGUGGAACGUUGCGAACAUGAUAUCGAGCUGCACGACCUAUUCAGACAGUUUUUGGCAAUCGACGAAGCGAACAUCCAGCAAAGUAUGUCAUAUGUAGAUAAAAGAGCGUUGAGGAUACUCCAGGAAACUACCCGAAGAGUUGACGGGAAACUGGAGACUGGACUACUGUGGCGUUAUGACGAGCCCUGUCUGCCAAACAGCUAUCCUAUGGCUGUACGGAGAAUGGAAGCUUUAGAGAGAAAGCUGUCCAAAGAUUCGCACCUUCAUCACAAAGUGCACCAACUAGUGGCAGAAUACAUAGAUAAGGGUUACGCCCAUCGAAUAACACCAGAGGAGCUCAAGUUUACUGAACCAAGUCGCGUAUGGUACCUACCACUUGGGGUAGUGAGUAACCCACGCAAGCCGGGAAAAAUCAGACUAAUCUGGGAUGCGGCGGCGCGAGUCGAUGGCGUGUCUUUCAACGACAUGAUGCUGAAAGGACCGGAUAUGCUGACCGCUCUGCCUACCGUAUUGUUACGCUUUCGACAGAAACGUGUGGCAUUCAGUGGAGACAUACGGGAAAUGUUCCACCAGUUUCUGAUUCGGCCGAACGACAAGCAAAUGCAGCGAUUCGUUUUCAGAGAACAACGAGGACAACCCCCACAAAUAUUUGUGAUGGAUGUCGCUACGUUCGGCGCGGCCUGCUCGCCGUGUAUUGCACAGUAUCUGAAAAACAAAAAUGCGGAGGAGUACGCAGAGCAGUUUCCCGAGGCAGCAAGAGCAAUCGUUGAAAACCACAACGUGGACGAUUAUCUCGAUAGUGUGGACUCGGUAGAAGAAGCGGUGAAGCUGAUUCAGGAAGUCAAAUACGUUAACUCUAUGGCAGGUAUGGAAAUAAGAAAUUUUGUCUCGAAUUCCAUCGAAGUGCUGAAACAUAUCGGGGAAAACAGUAAGGUUGAUAAGAAGUCGAUGAUCUUAGAAGGAAAUGUCGAAAGAGUGCUUGGUCUGGUAUGGAAACCUUCAGAGGACGCCUUUACAUUCGACAGUACUCUAAAAGAGGAACUACGAGGUUUGGUGGGUGGACAAGUAGCACCUACUAAACGUCAAGUGCUACGAGUGAUUAUGUCGUUGUUCGACCCGCUGGGACUUGUGGCGCAUUUCUCUGUUCAUGGGAAAAUAAUAAUGCAGCGAAUUUGGAGAAGCGGAACGGAUUGGGAUGACCAGAUUAGCGGUGCAAUAUUGGAGGAAUGGCGCAAGUGGAGUGAUUUGCUAGCUAGAGUACACGAAGUUCGUGUUCCAAGAUGCUUCUUUCCCGGUACCAAGGGAACAUCGUGUAAUUCCCAGAUCCAUGUUUUUGUGGACGCAAGUGAAAACGCAUAUGCUUGCGUUGCGUACCUCCGCAGCGACACGAAUGGAGACAUUCGGUGUACGUUUAUAGAAGCGAAAACUAAGGUGGCCCCGUUGAAACCAGUUUCAAUACCUCGUCUGGAGCUACAAGCGGCUUUGAUCGGUUCCAGAAUGAUGGAAAAUAUAUGUAAGGCGUUGACCAUACCAGUGAAUGCGAGAUACCUUUGGUCGGAUUCCACCACAGUUCUUGCGUGGCUGAGAUCUGAAACUCGACGUUAUCAUCAGUUCGUUGGAUUCCGAGUUGGAGAGAUAUUGUCCACAACCACCGUGGAUGAAUGGCGAAAAGUUCCAUCAAAAAUCAAUGUAGCUGAUCAAGCCACGAAAUGGGGGAACGGGCCCAGUUUUGAUCCAGAAACAAGCUGGUAUACCGGACCAAGCUUCCUAAGGAAUAAGCACCAAACCUGGCGAGUACCAACAGAAAAGGAGUUUUCAACAGAGGAGGAUCUUCGAGCAGUCUUUCUUUUUCAUCGAGAAGUGCCGAAGCCGCUAAUAAAAACUGAACGAUUCUCUAAAUGGUCGAGACUUCUUCGAGCGGCGGGAUACGUGUUGAGAGCUGUUGGAGUAUUCCAUGGGUCGAGGAUAAAGGGUCCUUUGACGCAGGAGGAGUUGCAGAGGGCGGAAACCUUGCUUUGGCGACAAACGCAGAUGCAAGAGUAUGCAGAUGAAUACGCGACGCUUCUGUACAACAAAAAGCAUCCAGAAGAAGAACAGAAGCAGAUCGACAAGUCGUGCGCGCUGUAUAAGCUGUCUCCAAUACUAGACGAUGAAGGUGUCCUUAGGCUGAAUAGCCGCAUUAUUGCGGCGCCUAUGCUUCAUAGGGAUACAAAAUACCCUAUCAUUCUCCCCAAGGAUCAGUGGGUGACAAAGUUACUGGUAGAAAGCUAUCACGUUCGCUUUCUACACGGAAAUCAUGAAACAGUUGUAAACGAGAUCAGACAGCGGUACUGGAUUCCUCGGUUGCGCGUUGUAGUAGCGAAGGUCGCCAAGCAAUGCCAGAUCUGCCGGAAUGGGAAAGCAGUGCCACAGGCUCCGGUUAUGGCACCGCUGCCUGAAAUUCGACUGACCGCUUACAUACGUCCAUUUACACACACUGGGGUAGACUACUUCGGACCGGUAUUUGUGAAGCAGGGUCGAAGUCUGGUCAAACGAUGGAUCGCGUUGUUUACAUGUCUGUCUAUCAGAGCAGUACAUUUAGAAGUCGUACACAGCCUGUCCACCCAGUCUUGUGUGAUGGCUAUUAGGAGGUUCGUGGCGCGCAGAGGGUCACCGGAGACAUUUUUCUCCGACAACGGAACCAACUUCGUCGGGGCAAACAAUCUUCUGCGCGAACAACUCCGUGGAAUUUAUGAUCGCUGUGCCGUGACAUUUACCAACUCAGCCACACAAUGGCUAUUCAAUCCACCACUUGCGCCUCACAUGGGAGGACCCUGGGAGCGCUUGGUCAGAUCAGUCAAGACGGCAAUGGCCGCAAUUGCAGAUCACCCACACCACCCCAGUGAUGAAGUUCUUGAAACCGUAAUACUCGAAGCUGAGUCAGUAGUCAACUCGAGACCACUCACUUACAUUCCGCUAGAGCACACUGAGCAAGAGGCGCUUACGCCCAACCACUUCCUGCUUUACGGUACGAAAGGCAUCAAUCAACCGCUUCGGAACCAGAUCGAAAGCACCGGAACACUGAGAGAUAGCUGGAAAUUGGCGCAGCAUCUGGUGGACACAUUCUGGAGUCGCUGGAUUCGUGAAUAUUUGCCAACUCUAACAAGGCGUACAAAAUGGUUUCAACCAAUAAAACCGAUUAAACCUGGGGAUCUGGUGAUGAUAGUUGACGAAGGAAAACGGAACGGAUGGAUAAGAGGGCGUGUCAUCAACAUCGUAAAGGCAAAGGAUGGGCAAGUUAGGCGGGCGUUGGUGUACUCGAAUAGAGGAACUGUAAACCGACCUGUCACUAAGCUGGCUUUGUUAGACGUUCAGUCGGCUUCAGAAGAACCGGAAGUGGAUGUCUCGGGCGUACCGGAACUACACGGGCGGGGGGAUGUUGCCGAACCCACUGUGCAGUCGUCACCGGUUGUCAGUGAGUCCCGGUCACGCAUGACAGACUACCAACAGGACGGACAUAGAUCAGCGUCAAAGGAUAGAUAA